AUGUCCUUUGUCCGGCUUCUGGCUCACCGAAAUGUACUGGCUGCGUUGCUCUGCUGUGCCACAGCAAGCAAGCUGAGGACGCGAGAGCUCAAGGCCGCUGCGGUACCAGAAGUCGAGGAGCUCGGGCUCCUGUGGCAGCGUUGCGCCGCAGAAGGUGAUGAUUGCGCCUGUGGCAGUGGCCAUGUUCGCUUCGGUGAGGGAAACCGGUGGGUCGCCCUGCAGCUUGGUGCAAGAUCUGCCCCAGUGUCAUGCAAUAUCUCGAGCUUCGGAGAGGAUCCAGCUUUCAAUCGGAUGAAGGAGUGUUGGUGCGCUGUUCCGGCAAGCGAGAAUCUGCAACCUGCCCGUGUUGCCAUUGUCAUGCUUAGCCGACAUCCCCCAGACCUGAACACCUGGAUCAGGUACCACCUUCAUCAUGAAGGGGUCGAGCACAUCUUCGUAAGAGCUGAGGAUUCGCCGCAGAUCUCCGAAAGCGUCCAGCAGCUAUCAGCGCAGGACCAGGCGAAGGUCACGCUGUGGGCAACUCCAAGUCCAAGCUUACUUGGCCUAUCCUCGACGGACUCGCGCCCUGUGGACGACUACACCACUUUGCAGGCCAGGCAAACGGCCGCCAUGGCCAGAGCGAGGGAUGCCUGCAAUCAGAUGGGGAUUGAGUGGCUCAUUCAUAUUGAUGACGACGAGCUGCUCUAUUCUCCUCAGAGCCGGAAGAUUGGGGAUCUGUUGGCUGCCGUGCCCUCAAACUUGGCACAGGCUGCCCUGACCGGCCUCUUGUGCGAGUGCGCAGCCAGCGGCGACAUCGCUGGCCUUCGGGUUCUCAUCCACGCCGGGGCCGAGGUCAAUGCUGCAACUGCCUACGACAUGCGAACGCCGCUGCACUUGGCAGCUGCCGCAGGCAAGCUAGAUGUCGUCAAGUUUUUGAUCGCAGAGUGUGGUGCAUCGCUGCAGCAGGAUAGAUUCGGGUUGCUGCCCAUACACGAUGCUGUCGAGAACAGCCACACGGAGGUGCGGCGCUACCUUCAGAGCCAGAAGCUUGCAGUUUCGCAGCAGUCUCUGCAAAAGCGACGACGCGUGGACUCCGUCGAAACACUGAAUGCAAAUACAGAUCGGGAUAGCAACGAUACAGAUGAGCUGAUGGGGACCGUGUUCGAGCUGGUUGUCAAAGAAGGUGUCUUCAGCUACACGACAGUUCAUGCCGAAGUGAAGCACUUCUUCCAGGUGCUCCGCUUUCAUGAAAUCUAUUUCAAGCAUUUCACCCCCAUGCAGAUUGCCAAGCAUGUUCACUGCCUCAUUGCUGCGAAGCAUGUCGCCCGUGCUACUGACGACAUCGGGGGUCUGGAGUUUGACUUCAAGUCAGAGCACAGUGGCUUCUUCCUGAGCAGCAUUGGUUGCGCUAGGGAGCCAACAGGAGCACAGCUUCGCACCAUCGAUGCUGUGUCGGCCUUCCUCACGCACUGCUUCGAGGACGGAAAGAAUGUGGCCUUGACAUUCAUGUCUUCCGAAGGUCCAGCCUUCGUCGGUGGACAAGAGCGCCUGGGCAUCUACUCCGUAGAGAAGGGCCACUUCGAGGUCUCCCGGGUGGCGGAGGGAGAAGCCUCCUUGGAGGUCUUGGCAUCCUCGCGUUUUUUGAUGACCAAGACCAGGGAGGCCAAGGAGCAGUACCAAAUUGUCAUGGAAGAUGUCGUUGCGACGCGCCGGAGUGUCGUGAGGGUUGUCCCUGGGCACAUGUACCCUGGGCCAUGUCCUUACGGCUUCGUGGUGCUUUUUUCGACGGCAGAGACCGUGGGUCGACACUUCCUCAAAGAGAUCUGGCAGGCGAUGCGCUUCGUGGGACUAAUUCCCCGACGCUUCUACUUGGAGAGCUUCGCAAAUGGUGUUAUCACUUAUAGCCUCUUCUUCCCAACCGCCAGUGAUGACCAAGUCCAGAAGCUGAAGAGAACGAUCAUGCACGCCACCCUGCUAAAGGCCACACCUGGCCGAUCCGCCUUGCUGUAUAACAAGGUCAUGCAGUCAAGGAUUUCUCACGAGUGUGGUCUCUACCUUUUGGCAGCUGUGAAGUUCGUCUAUGCAUUCUUCCCGAAAGAGCAGUAUUCCCGGGAGUACACUGGUGUCCACAAGGUCUUGGAGCAAAACCCUGCGGCCCAGAGAAAGCUGGAGACGCUGUACCGCCUUUGCAUGAAGGACUUGCUUUCUACCGAGCGAAUCUACCAGCUGAUUAGCCGACAACCAGCCUUGGCUGAGCAGUUCUACACUGACUUCCGAAAGAUUGCAACAGGUGAGUCCGCUCCGAGCUUCAAUUCUGUGCUGGGCGCCUCGAUCGACGCGGCCUGCAGCGAUCCACAAGAUCGACAGAUCUUACGGAUGUUCCUGACUUUCAACCAUAGCGUCCGACUCACCAACUUCUUCAAGCCAGAGAUUCCUGGAGCUUUUGCAUUUCGUCUGGACCCGGCCAUCGUCCUGAAGGACCGCCCGGCUUCCCUCUAUCCUGAGAUUCCAUAUGGGAUUUAUAUGGUUUGCGGCCGAGAUUUCAUGGGCUUUCAUACGCGAUUUCGGGAUGUUGCUAGGGGUGGCAUCCGCUUGGUCUUAUCCCGCGAUGGGGCAGCUUAUGAGCGGAACUUCGCCACGUUGUUUGACGAAUGCUACAACCUCGCGUACACUCAGCAGAACAAAAACAAAGACAUUCCGGAAGGUGGAGCGAAGGGCGUUAUUCUACCAGAUUCAAACUGGUCUGGGGCGAAGGAUGUGGAUGGCAACGCGCUCAUGGGAAAUUCAUCGCAAAGCCCAGCAGCAAUGCGCUCCUGCUUCAUCAACUAUGUCAACGCAUUGCUGGAUUGCAUGCAGCCAGAGCAAAGCAACUUGUACAGUGGGCACAUGCAUGCUAAGAAGGAAAUUCUCUUCUUUGGGCCCGAUGAGAACACAGCAGGGUUCAUGGACCUGGGUGCAGACAUUGCUCGGGAGCGGGGCUAUCCAUAUUGGAAGUCACUCACCACCGGCAAGAGCGUUUCUUUAGGUGGAGUGCCGCACGAUACCUACGCCAUGACCACCACCAGUGUCCACACUUACGUGACAGAGCUUCUGCACCAGCUCGGCGAGGACGAGAGCCAAAUCACCAAGUUCCAAACAGGUGGCCCUGACGGCGAUUUAGGCUCCAAUGAAAUUCUGAUUUCCAAGGACAACACCGUUGCAAUCGUAGAUGGUUCUGGUGUUCUUUAUGAUCCGGCUGGUCUCAACCGCGUGGAGCUGCGGCGCCUGGCAAAACAGCGACUGCCUGUGAAGCAUUUCGAUCGUUCCUUGCUGAAGACUGGCGGCUUCCUUGUUGUCGUGGAUGAGAGUGAUGUUGUUCUGCCUGAUGGAUCGAAGUACUUGACUGGAGCAGAGUUGCGAGAUUCUUUCCACCUCACAACCUACGCAACAGCAGACCUUUUCGUUCCUUGCGGCGGCCGUCCCAACUCUAUCACCAGUGACAAUGUCAAGCGCAUGUUUACAGCAGACGGCUUGAAACCAAAGUUUCGACUUAUCGUCGAAGGUGCGAAUCUCUUCUUGUCUGAUGGGGCACGAGUAACUUUGGAGAAUGCUGGCGUCCAUGUCUUCAAGGAUGCUUCUACCAACAAGGGCGGCGUCAACUCCUCGUCGCUGGAGGUAUUUGCAGCCCUUGCGCUGCCAGCAGAGGAUCAUUCAGCGCUGAUGUGCUUUGAUCCUCGCAAAGGACAAGCGCCGCAAUUUUACCAAGACUACGUGCAGCAGAUCAAGGAGAUCAUCAUCGAAAAUGCCAAGCAGGAGUUCAAGGCUAUCUGGCAGUGUAGCAUCAAAGGCAUCAAGAAGGUGGAUGCCACCAAACUUAUCUCCAGCAAGAUCACGAAGAUGCAGGACACCAUCAUGGAGAAGUUCGAGGACAUGUCCAUUGCGGAGAGGGAGCAGCUCGUUCGGCGUGUGCUGACUAUAGCCAUCCCGCCCUUGAUGCUGCAGAAGCUUGGCAUCGAGGGAAUCCUGGAGCGUGUCCCGGCGAAUUACAUUGCGGCCAUCGUUGGGGCGUGGGUUGCUUCGCGCUUUGUAUACAGGUAUGGCAUCAGUGCUACGGAGGUGUCCUUCUUCUUCUUCCUUCGUGGACUCCUCUCCGGCACGGAUGACCAGGUGACUGUCGCAUUCUGGCGUUUGGGCAGAUUGCGCACCAAUUCGCUGGGAGAGGACCCAGCGCGGCGUGAGAUCUUGCGCAUCAGUUGCGCACCUCCGCACGGCCGUUCAACGGAAGCCGAGAAUUUGACCACCUGCGCCAAAAACGUUUCGAUGAGCCUGCAGACGGUUCUUACUGCAUACCUGCCAAAUGUGGAGGCUGUCUAUACGUCUCCGGAGGUGAAGAACUGCUUUGCCCAGACAGACAAGGUCAAUCUGAACCGCUACACUUUCCAGUCCUACGCGAAUGGCAAGUCUGCCCUUCGGGUGGCUGCAAGCGAGGCAUACCCCGCCGGCCCACACCAGUGGCGUAAUUCCAAGAACCAGGAGCUGCCUUCGGUUCACCUGGAUCAGGAACCAUUUGGACCCGCCCUCAUGGUGAUCCACUAUGAAUCUUGUCCGUUUUCCAGGUGGCAGGACAAAUUCUGGGAGCUUGGCAACACAUCCCCAGACAAAAUCAGUCAGAUUCCAUUCCAGUUCUACCGCGAGUCCAUAAGUCGGAUGCAAGCCUGCAGGAGCAGCGGCCCUCCACACUCGCUGUCCCUGCUGGGCUGUGAUGAGGGAUCCCUGAUGCAGCUGUGGAGUGAAUGGAAGACGGCUGCCAACCCGUCCCUGAAGAGCGAGGACCUCAUGCCGAUCCACAUACCUUGGCAAGCAAUUCUGGAUGCUUGA